AUGAGAUCACUCGAUCCGCCAAUAGGCAGCCAUAGAGUCGGCGACACAUGCCUGCCUCAUUCUUCACUCCACCUCCUCGCAACUCCCUCUCUCCAUCUUCUUCCUCCGCCGCACCACCAUCGUCUCCUCGUCCCUACCUCGCAACAGUCGUCUUCUCCACUUCACCAUCGCCUCUCCUCGCCUCGCCGCACAUCGUCUCGCCUCGCCUCGCCUGCAGGCAUGGCAGGGGCGAGUGGUGAGGCAGGGAAAGGAGGAGGAAGAGGGACAACAGAGGCGGGUGGCUUUCUGGGUUUGGUGCUCAUGGCCGGGGUUGGGGGAGAGGAGGGGAUAGAAGGGAUGCAGGGGAUGCACCCGUCUCCUCGUCCCUACCUCGCAACAGUCGCCUCGCCUCGCCUCGCCUCGUCUCUCACACGCCUUGGCCUGCCAGCCGAUCAGCGCAGCCCGAUGAGCAGCGACGAGCCGCCAGUCAGCCACCUGGAUCGCGCCCACUUCAACCGCCAGGCGCGUCACCUCGCUGCCUUCAGCAUCCAGCUGCACCUUCUGCAAGGCCCGCCAAUCACACGCCGCCAGCUGGACGCCGCGUCCCGGCUUCUGACGCGCAGGGAGCUGUGUGACGUCAUGAACGAGCGCGCUGCAGCAGGCUUGUGUGGUAAUCCGCAGUGUACACGCACUGUAGAUGUAACGCUACGGAUAAUUUUCGACUCAACAGCAGGCUCCAGCAAGUUUUGCAGCCGUGGGUGUGAGGAGAGAGGCAGGGCAGCGAUUUUGUGCUUUCCCUGGGAGCAGCGGGGAGGGGAGGGCGGAUGGGGAGAGUGCUGGAGCAAAGAUGAGUUAACUGCCAUCGUUACGGCUGUUACCACUCCUGACAGCGAUGGUGCUUGCGCUGGCAGCGAUGUUGCUGCUGCUUCUAUUGGUGGUUCAGCAGGCUUGGCUGGAUCAGGUUCGGUCGUGUCUGGUUCAGCUGGAUCAGGUCCGGCUGCAUCAGGUUCGGCUGCAUCAGGUUUGGCUGUAUUAGGUUCGGCUGGGCCCCAGUGUGUUAGUGAAGACAUCCGCAGCGGCACAGGCGGGGAGGGAAGGUCGGACGCGGGAGAGGUGGAGGCUGCUGCUUUGCUGUUGGUGCGACUGCAAUCCGCUGCUGCCCACCUGUGGACUGCAGGCAUGGCAGGGGCGAGUGGUGAGGCAGGGAAAGGAGGAGGAAGAGGGACAACAGAGGCGGGUGGCUUUCUGGGUUUGGUGCUCAUGGCCGGGGUUGGGGGAGAGGAGGGGAUAGAAGGGAUGCAGGGGAUGGAAGGGGGUGAAGAUGGGGAUGAGAAGUGGCAGAGCCAGGGGAGUGCGGGGCUCACGGGAGUAGAGGGCAAGAGGGAGGGCCGAAGAGGGCAGUGGAAUGCAAGCACACGUGCUGCCCCUCUUGAGGGUACCCUGCCUGCACCUGCGUGCAAUCAUCCCCAGGAACUUGAGUCACGGAAAUUGCAUGGUUCAGUUGAAUUCAACCGGGCUUUCAGUGGAGUGACAGGCGCGCCCCGAGGCAGUGGCACCGCGAGCAGCAGCGCCAGUGGUGGCCGUGCCACCACGAGCACGGAGGCACGCAGAGGGCUGUGGCCUACCGAGCGCAGCUGGGGCUCGAGGCAAGGGCUGCAGGCGGGCAGCAGUGGCCAUGUUGGCAGUGGGGCGGGCAGUGGACCGAGUGCCAACAGCCACAGCACCUGUGGAUUGCAUCAAGUACCGAGGGAGGGCAGCAGGGAGGCAAGCGGGUGCAGAGGUGGCAUGAGUGCUGCUUUUUGGGAGGUGCUGCUGUGGGAGAGAGGGGAUGAGCCAAGGGAUGCGAACAGCAGGUGUGCUGGCGGUGAUGGGGAUGAUUCGACUCGUUGCUCUGCAGCAGUUGGGGAGGCAGCAAGGCUCGAGGGGAAGAGAGAGGGCGAAGGGGCGGAGGAGCAGGGGCGUGACGAGACGGGGGAGCAGGGAGAGGAGGAAGCAGAGGAGCAAUGCAGUGGGGAGGAGUGGAGGCAAGGAGACGACAGCACCACAUUCAACCAAACUCGCGUCCCCACCACCACAUCACCCCUAUGCUCCUCUGCACCCACUCCCAACACCCGUGUCUCACCCACCUCCCCUCCCUUGCCCCACCUGCCCUAUCACUCCACGCACGAGCCUAAGUCCAUCCCGGCCGCCCUUCCAACUGCCCCAACUUGGCAGGUAUCUCUUCGCCCAGCCCUGCGCACGAGCCCGCGCUAUCAGCAAGUCAGAGCAGGGCGGCCUAUGGGUCUGCCUCGAUCCGUGUCAUGGGCGGACGCGCAGGGGAAGGCUCUCACAGAGGAGCUUCGAUUCUCCACGCGUGCAUACAGUUGGCAUUCAGAACGUGCAAGAGUUGGCGCUGCAGCCCGCAGAGUCUGA